AGGCAAAUAUACAUAACGAGAUGCAACGGUCAUAAAGGUAGGCCUAUGAGAGCUUACUUGAAACAUAGAUUUAAUUGAUUGGAACUCGUGCCGUGACAAAACAAAAUCACUGAUAAAUGAGUAGAAAAAAAUCUUAGCCUCAAAUUUUGAAAAGGGACAGACAGGCACGGCGCUGGGAUACCUAACAAACUGUGCUGUCAUUCGUCCCUUCCGCGUUGGCAAUUCCGCAGGUGCUGAUUUAGAUCCACGUCAGUUUUGCUUUUAGAACUAUAAACACAGAGCUAACGACCACUGAGACGGCACACAUGCAAUAGCCGUCGGACAUACGUCUAGUCAGAAAUUUACAAGCUUUUGCAAACAUGUCAUUGCUUGAUUCUGAUGACAGCUAUGACUUCGUCUUCAAAAUUGUUUUAGUCGGAGACGUUGGCGUCGGCAAAACUUGUGUAGUGCAACGAUUCAAGACUGGGAUCUUCAUCGAAAGACAGGGCAACACUAUUGGAGUGGACUUUACCAUGAAGACUGUGGAUAUUCAAGGAAAAAGAGUCAAGUUGCAGAUCUGGGACACAGCAGGGCAGGAGCGAUUCCGCACCAUAACGCAAAGCUACUACCGCAGCACCAACGGUGCCAUCAUCACCUAUGACAUCACCAAGAGGCCCUCCUUCCUGUCCGUCCCCAAGUGGAUGGAGGACGUGAAGAAAUAUGGCGGCUCCAAUAUCGUCCCACUGCUAGUCGGUAACAAAUCUGAUUUGAGCGAUGUGCGUGAAGUCCCAUUCGAGGAGGCCCAGUCCAUGGCUCACCAGUUGGACUUUAUCAGCGCCAUUGAGACCUCAGCCAAGGAUUCUACUAAUGUGGAAGAGGCCUUCAACAAAAUGGCCGCUGAACUAAUUCUCAGACACGGGGGUCCCAUGUUCAAUGAGAACGUGACUGACAGCUUCAAGCUCAACAGCAAGGAUGUGACUGCAGAAGGCUGGGGCUGCAGCUGUUGAUGCCUGAAGACAGACACCGGGUUGAUCUUUUUCAUUAUCCGACUGGAACGUUUUCUUUUGCCAGUAUUUUAAGGCACACCAUUCGAGUUCCUGUAAGGGACAUUUUUUUUUCUAUUCUCCCAGGGACCAGUAGUGUUAUUUUUUAAUUUAGCAAUAAAUACUUUUUACUGUAGAGGCAGAUUGAUCACAGUCGGCCCUCAGAGGGAAUUCUUUCACCAGGAAAAGCUCAGGAGAAAGAAAGUAGUGGAUCUUCAGCUUACAAACCCUGACCUGUGUGUGCAGACGGUUUGGCAUGUAACGAAAAGGUCUUUCAGAAUGUUCUUAAGCAAGUUUGAAUCACAUGUCCAGUAAUGGACUAGUCUGGCUAAUGCAUUCACAUGUCUCAUUUAUUGAAUGUGGCCCUCACAGUACUGGCAGUUAGAGUUGCUGAAGUGUAGCGACUGCUGCUGCCUAAAGUAAUGAAACAUUUUCAAAUGUUACAUUUUCAACUAGUUUUCUUGCAUUCAUUUUGUUUCCAUAAAAACAAAAUUGCCACAGCAAGGAGUACUAAUAGAAGAUAGUAGUCAUCUCAGACUGAGUGCAUAUUUACAGAGCUAUUGACAACAAUUCUGGUUGUUUAAAGUCUCUCAUAAACACUGACGCAGGUAAACCCUUACACACACUAUAUUACUGACACACUCCAACAAAACCGGGCAGCGUUUCUCUUCAUUGCUCUCAUUUGUUAUUUUACCGCAUAUCAUUUAGGUUUUUGUGGGUUGUUGUGUGUGUGUGUGUGUGUGUGUGUGUGUGUGUGUGUGUGUGUGUGUGUGUGUGUGUG